AUGAUUUCCAUCAACGCUAUCGUCGCCGCCGCUAUCCUCGCAGCUUCUGUUGUGACAGCAGCACCGGCUGCCGAGCUCAUUGCUGUAGCACCUGCCGACGCGUUGGCUCCGAGAGCAGAGCGAACCAUCAAGCUUUGCGUCCAUAGACGCUGGUUUAGCUGCGUAAACGAUGCUCCAGCUCCUCCCAAUUCUUGCGGUCAGACUCCUCUCCUCAAGCCCCCGUCUUUUUUCUUUUCUCUUCAAGAAACCCAAGCUGACCAGAUUCAAGAGAACAUGAACUACAUGAGUGGAGGAGACAUGACGGAUGCGGUCAGCUCUCUCGAUACCCGUGGCUUCAAAUGCACCUUCUUCGUUGAUGCUCAUUGCCAAACCGAGAGCGGAUCUUUCGAGUUCACUGGUAGCCUAGGCAACCUCAAGAAACACACCGGACUUGAGUACUAUCAAGAUAAGAUCUCCUCUUACAUGUGCCAGUAG